CGACCAACACAAGCGGAAGCGCCACAAAGAGAAAAUGGUGGCCGGCGCGAAAUGAUUGCACUGCUCAGCCGACUGACCACUGCCAGCCCAAACAGAUCGUAGGUGAGAUGUCGGGGCGCGGCCGUGGCCGGCGCGGACCAGACGGCACGAUUGGCAACAGAGGCGAACCGCUCUUGUCGUCCGUCCAGCAGCCCAGCCCCCUGUUUCCGGUGAUGGAACACAAGCCCCUCCCCCUGACGGGUGGCGAAGAGGCCGAGUACCUUUUGGCACUCAAGCAGGAGUUCAGAGGCGCCAUGAUGACGCGACCGGGUUUCAUCCAGCCGCACGCGAGUCACAGGUCACACGCAGAUGUGGAAAGAUAUUCGGACAAAUAUCACAACUCCAACGAGCAGAUGGAUGCACUGACCGACUGGAUCACAGACUGGAAGAGAUUCCCAAAAGAAAUAAGACUAUGUGUCAGAAGAUCCCUAAAAAAAGGUGCGACCAAAGUGGUUUUGGGGUCAAAGAGAGGCCAGGCUGAUGAGCAGAAGGAAAGCGUGGAAGACAAAAAAGAAGUGCUCCUCAAACUGGAGACGCUGGCCAACGAGGAGCAGCGGAGCUCAGAGGACGAGGAUGAGGAAGAGAAGAAGAAGGAGGGCGAUCAGGAGGUGGACGAUGAGUACGACGAGGAAGAGCUGGAAGAAGAGACCGAUUACAUCAUGUCCUACUUUGACAACGGCGAAGACUUUGGCGCUGAAAGCGACGACAACAUGGACGAAGCCGUUUACUGAAACCUUUGGGCUGUUGCCGUGGUGACGCUGAUGUGACAACUCUGAUUUUAAAGUUUUUAUUCAUUUUUUUGUAUCCCUUUUCAUGUUAAAUGUUCACUUUUUACUCAAAUGGCUUAAAUACAAAGUGUCAUAUACUAAA